AUGGGCUGGGAAGGAGGCUACGAGCCAAAUGGCACAGAAGGAAAAAACUUCUACAUCCCCUUUUCAAACAGGACAGGGAUUGUCAGGAGUCCUUUUGAAGCUCCUCAGUAUUAUAUGGUCUCUCCCAUGAUCUACAAGUUGCUGGCAUGCUACAUGUUCUUCCUCAUCUGCACUGGCACCCCCAUCAACGGCCUGACUCUGCUGGUCACCUUCCAGAACAAGAAACUGCGACAGCCCCUGAACUACAUCCUGGUCAACCUGGCUGUUGCCGGUCUCAUCAUGUGUGCGUUUGGAUUCACCAUCACUAUCACCUCUGCCAUCAACGGCUACUUCAUCCUGGGACCCACUGCCUGUGCUGUGGAGGGCUUCAUGGCCACACUAGGAGGUGAAGUUGCUCUCUGGUCUCUGGUCGUGCUUGCUGUGGAGAGGUACAUUGUCGUGUGUAAACCCAUGGGAAGCUUUAAGUUCAGUGGAACUCAUGCUGCUGCUGGAGUCAUCUUCACCUGGAUCAUGGCUAUGGCUUGUGCUGCUCCUCCUCUCUUUGGAUGGUCCAGAUACCUCCCCGAGGGCAUGCAGUGCUCAUGCGGACCUGACUACUACACUCUGGCCCCAGGCUUCAACAAUGAAUCCUACGUUAUCUACAUGUUUGUGGUGCACUUCUUCAUCCCUGUCUUCCUCAUCUUCUUCACUUAUGGCAGCCUCGUGCUCACUGUGAAAGCUGCUGCAGCCCAGCAGCAGGACUCAGCCUCCACUCAGAAAGCUGAGAAAGAGGUGACCCGCAUGUGCUUCCUCAUGGUCCUGGGCUUCCUGGUAGCCUGGACUCCUUAUGCCACCUUUGCUGGAUGGAUCUUCAUGAACAAGGGAGCUGCUUUUACUGCUAUGACUGCUGCUCUCCCCGCCUUCUUUGCCAAGAGCUCAGCCCUGUACAACCCCGUUAUCUAUGUGCUCAUGAACAAACAGUUCCGUAACUGCAUGCUCAGUGCUGUUGGUAUGGGAGGCAUGGUUGAUGAUGAGACCUCAGUGUCUGCAAGCAAGACAGAAGUGUCCUCUGUCUCUUAA